AUGGAGAAGAGCGCAUGCUGUGGAUUAUACCUGUUCUACUUGAUCUCUCUCCUGCUCCUCUCGGAGUAUCCCCAGCGCUGCCGAGGAAGUUGGAUGUGGCUGGGCAUAACGUCGGUGGGAUUACCGGAGAAAAUGGGCUGCGCCAAUUUGCCCCUGUCCAACAAACAGAAGGAGAUAUGCAAGAAAAAGCCCUACCUCUUGCCCAGCAUCAAGGACGGCGCCCGCCUGGGCAUCGCCGAGUGCCAGACCCAGUUCAAGCACGAACGGUGGAACUGCUCCACUACCAAAGAUCACUCGGUAUUCGGCUACGAGGCAAACAGCGGCACUAAGGAGACGGCGUUCAUCUCGGCGGUGAUGGCGGCGGGGCUGGUUCACGCGGUGACGCGCUCGUGCAGCGCGGGCAACAUGACGGAGUGCUCGUGCGACCUGGGCCUGCAGGGCAGCGGCUCGGCCCAAGAGGGCUGGCACUGGGGCGGCUGCUCCGACCACAUCCAGUACGGCACCUGGUUCAGCCGACGCUUCCUGGAGUCGGCGAAAGCGACGGGGUCAACAGUGGCGGCGGAGGCGCUCAUCGCCAUGAAUCAGCACAACAGCGAAGCUGGACGGCAGGCGAUCGCCAAGACCAUGUCUGUGGACUGUCGUUGCCACGGCGUGUCGGGCUCGUGCGCGGUCAAGACGUGCUGGCGCACCAUGGCCCCGUUCGACCGCGUGGGCCGCUACCUCAAGGAGCGCUACGAGGCCAGCGUCCAGGUUCUAGAACGCACCCUGCUGCCCCGCAAGGUGCGUCGGCGGGAGAAGAGUCGCCGGCGGGUGCCGGUGGGCCGCGAGGAGCUGGUCUUCCUGCACAAGUCGCCCAACUACUGCCUGGAGGACCGGCGGCUGGGCGUGGCGGGCACGCGGGGCCGGCGCUGUAACCGGGCCUCGGGCGGCGCGGACGGCUGCGGCCUGCUGUGCUGCGGCCGCGGCUACAACACGCACGUGGUCCGGCACGUGGAGCGCUGCGACUGCAAGUUCGUCUGGUGCUGCUACGUGCGCUGCCGACGCUGCGAGAGCAUGAACGACAUGCACACCUGCAAGUAGCGCGCCUGUGAGUGUGUGGGUGUGUGUAUGUGUGUGUGUGUGUGUUUGUGUGUGUGUGUGUGGGUGAGAGAGAGAGAAAGAGAGAGAGAGUUUGUAUGUGUGUGUGUGUGUGUGU